AUGGAUUUGGCGCCAUGGUAUCUUUUUGGUCUUGAAGAGUUGAUAGCUUUGGAGGAUAUGGUCUAUCACCAUUAUUGUGAUAUUGUCCAUGCUGCACAGAUGCUCCAAUACAUCUGUCGACCAAGCUCUCUCCCUGAGGCAGCUAUGUAA